AUGUCCUUCACCUUCAAAUGGCCCCGCUUCUCCGACCAGUUUCACACAAAUGCCAUACAAAUGCUCGAAUCUGCCCUCAACAAGGGCAACAAGCCUCCCGUCAUUGCCGAUAGGAUUGAGGUAGUCGAGCUUGAGAUGGGCACACAGCCGCCUGAGCUCGAGAUUCGAGACAUCGGAGAGUUGACUAUGGACCAAUUCCGCGGAAUCUUCCGAUUGACGUAUGCCGGGGAUGCGCAUAUCGUCCUCAGGACGAAGGUCCAGGCAAACCCCUUGAACCACAAACAACCGGACAUUCACCUCCUUGGCGGUUCGCGAGGCAUGCUUGCGGCCAAGCAUCCACUCGUGGUGCCCAUGCUCCUUCGACUCUCCCAGUUUCGUCUCAACUCUUACGUCGUCCUCGUCGUCUCGCGCCAGAAGGGCAUCACCCUGGUCUUCAAGACGGACCCGUUGGAGAACGUCGACAUCAACAGCACAUUUGACUCCAUUGCCGUCAUCCAGAAGUUCAUCCAGCGCGAGAUAGAGGGCCAACUCCGUCAAAUGUUCCGUGAAGAUCUUCCAGGUAUCAUCCACCGUCUCAGCCAGCAGUGGGUCAAGGCCAAGGUCGAGGCUCCCUACUUGAGCACUGAUCUCCCCACCACCGCGGUGCGCUCACGCAAGUUCGAAACGGCGUCCAACCCAGAUCCGUCCUUCUAUCGCAUUCCCCGCAUGCCUCCGCCUGGCUUUGCCCACAGCAUUCCGAUCCGUCCUGCAUCUGCGAUACCCUUCAUUCGACCUCGAUCUCCUUCCGCCCGUUCAGUGUCUAGCGCAGGAAAGCGGCCCGCUAGCUCCGUCAUCACUUCUCCCAUCACCCGCGCGCCUUCGCAGCGGCCGAGUCCUUUGAAUCCACAGGCAGACGGGCCAACCUCGUUCCCGGAAAUCGAGCACUACGACCCGACUUACGGUCUGCGGCCUGACGGGGUCCCUUCAAAGGGGACAUUCAACAACCUCCGCAGUCUCUUCAGCCAUAACAAAGGUCUUGCCGACCUGGCAGAGGAGGCUAGUGAGACCGAUUCCGUGGACGACAACCGCUCCUUCGACCCUGGCACAUGGGAGGAUUUCAUGUCCGACGGCGGGAACAUCGGCCCGUCUGUCUCCGAAGCAGGUGACGUCACGGCAUACGAGACCGUCCCUGCGGUCGGGGGCGGGACGAUCACUCGUCCGCGGGUCUACCACAGCCAGUCCCAGAUACACGCCCCAUCGGUAGACGGCAUGUCCAACGCCCCCUCAACGUCGCGAGCGCCCAUCAUCACCCGCACCUCGUCUCUCCAGUCGCUCGCAAGAACACCCUCACGACCUGGAUCACUUUAUAACCCGUAUUUUGCCGGCAUGACGCCCCUAUACGAAUCUGUGCCCGAGGCAUAUCCCCAUUCUCAACCUUACUACGCCGACUCCUCAGCGACGCCUAUGCGGCGGUCGACCUCGAUUCCGCCCGUCCCUCCCUUAGACCAUUCUCCAUAUCACCGCCCCAGCAGUCCCUCUAGCCUCCAGACACAACCCUCCCGCUCCUCCGACAUGACCAAUUCUGUCCCAACUCCUCCGCCACCCGACGUCGACGACGCCCCGAGCGUGAGCGUGCGAAUGACGCGUCCGCGACGUCUCUCUGCGACCUCGUCGAACCUGGAUGCCUUCUCUGCCGCAAGCUCGCUCGGUCCCCAUACGGACCCGAAGAUCGUCCUCCGGCCGACGCUCAACGGGAGCAUACACAAGCUCUCGACGCUCUCGCACUCAAAUCACACCCUCUCCCCCUACACCCGCACCGUCGAGCACUUCACCGUCCGCUCUGUCCCUCCCCGCGAGGCGGCCGCUGGCCUCACCCCUAGCGUCGAGCACAAGCCCGUUCGCGCACGCCGGAAGCGGUUGCACCGGCUGGGAGGUGCGAAGGCCAAGCCGCCUGCGACCCCGUCCCCGCUCGACGACGAAGACGAAGAUGAUCUUCAUCGACAACACGACCACCAUCACGACCACGACCGUCGUCCCCAUCGACAUCUGCACGACGUGGACGACGAUGACGGGAGCGUGGCAUCGAACUUCGACGCGUCGGAGAUGGACCGCUACUUCCGCGCGCGCGACGACCUCAUCCCCCGCUAUCCGAACCUGCACCCCUCGCACGUCCGCAGACGAGUGCCCCAUCCCCCGUGA